ACAACAUGCAUAAAAGUAGUAACAAUAAAUUGGAUUAUCUUUCAGAUUAUCACAAUCAAAUAUUUGUAAAUAACUGCAAUGAAGAUGCUUUAAAAUAUCUUGAAUCUUUAAAAACACGAUUAAACUUUGCACGUUUUAAACUUAAUUAUGGUUGGGAAAAUAACUCUUUAGGAGAUGUUGAAUGCUUUUGGAAACAAAAACAAAAACAAAUUAUUAAAGACCUUCCUAAACCUCGAUUUACACAACAAGAUAUUAUCGAUAAACGUCCUUAUAUCCCUACAUUAAAUGCAAAGCAUGUGAAAUCUAGACGUUCAACAAAAACUCUUAAUCGAUCUUUAUCUCAUAGUAUUGAACCAAAGACAGAUUUAUUGAACUUUGUUUGUAAUUCAGUCAACUAUAAAAGAUCAAAAAGAGGACGUCGUAAAAGUCAUCCUCCUUCCCAAUCUCAGAAUAAUUACCGUGAAAGACAUAAUUCUUUGCAACUUUCUACUAUCCUAUGUCCUAUUGAUCAACAGCCUCAACAACAAGAAGAUUGGAUGUUAAAUGAUAAAAAAUCAGCUAUCGUAGAUACCAAUUUACGUUCUUCUUUUGAUGCUGCUUAUGUACCGUCAGCUAUAAAUGGUGAACCAUCUGUAGUAAAGAAUUCUUUAGAUUAUUUAUCAUACGCAAUCGCUAUGACUGAAGGAAAAAAGGAAGAAGAUUCUACUUCUCUAGAAGAGCCGUCUCUUCUUGAUGAAGAUGAUUGGACUAGAACAAGUCAACUUCGCUUAUCUUUGUCUAUUCCUAAUCAAUCUACUGACGUCAGAAAUGAAUCUGACUCGAUAGAAACGAAUGCUGCUGCACAAGUGAUGCUCAUGUUUAUAAACAAAGACGAAAAGGAUUCAACAAAUUCCUCUUUUAAAACAGCAUCAACUAUUUAAGCAUUCUACCCUUACACACCUACUUACCCCCAUCCUUUCCCUUCUUCUUCUUUUUAUUAUUAUUUGUUUUUUUAUUUGCAUUUUACAUGUUGUUGUAUAUUCCCCUUUCUAUAUGUUGUAAGAUAAUAAAUUUUUUAUAUGUUUGAUGAAUUAUGC